AUAGCUUACUGCCCUUGGUUGUUGUCCAAUACUACAGAAGACCAUCCAAGCUUGUCGCCGAACAUUUGUCAGGCUUUUCGCGCAACGUAUGUUACAAUGACAAAGCUAGACGGUGCACUGCAAAGGCAUAACGAGAUUAGGACGGCUCUUCGCUUCUUUCUCAGCUCUUUGUACAAGCACAAGCAAUCAACUAGCGUCGCGGAACCAAAGGAGGUCCUUUCUGAGUUCCUGCGCUUUAAAGCGUACACGUCUUCUCUCCAGGUGCUUCACACGCCGCCUGACGUGCACAAGGAGGAAGGCGGAAAGCGUAGCCGAAAGCGGUCGUGAACCGCUUAAGACUGCAGCGGCCGUCUGAUAAAGUAUAAGCCAUGAGCUCGACAGAUCAUGGCGUCGGCGGCUUUGGGCAUAUCUUGCAGCAGCACUUAUCCAGUUCGCGGCUUGCAGCGGACAAUCUAGUUAGUCUUCCUGGCCAGUGGGCUGCGUCUCUCCAAACAUUGUGCAAAGGCGGCUGGGCAAACCGUAUCGUGCAAGCUGGUGAAGGACGGCGUCGCGAUGAUGCCGGACAGUGCUUGUCAGCUCGCCCGGGACAGAAGCCAUGGUCUAAAGCAUUUGGGGCACAAAGGCCUAGUAUAGUUAUCAGCAGCCACAGAUCUCCCUUCGCCUCCAUCACAGGCAGCAGCACUCCCAACACCACUCCCGCCCCAGCCAACACCACCAGCCCCUUCCCGCCGUCUUCUCCCCUUCCUAGUCCCCUUCCCUUAUCUUCCACCACCAUCUCCGCACCCCCUCCAGCCAUCUCAACCUCCUCCCUCUCGGUUCCCACCUCCUCCGCCAUUCCUCCAUCCCCAUUCCCCGCACCCUUCCCAGCCAGUCAAGCUCCCUCCGCAGCUGCCGCAGCGUCUUCCUCCUCGGUCAACGCAGCCGCAGCCGCUGCCAAGGCCGAUCUGGGUCGCGCCACCUGGACGCUGCUGCACACCCUGGCGGCACAGCUGCCGGAGCGGCCCUCCCGGCAGCAGCAGCGGGACGUGGCGGCGCUGGUGGACUGCCUCACGCGGGUGUACCCGUGCGGGGACUGCGCCAGGCACUUUGCGGAGAUGGUCAGGCGUGAUCCCCCCGUGGUUCGAUCUGGGUCGGAGUUCCGUCGCUGGCUGUGCGGCAUCCAUAACCGCGUCAACGCGCGGCUGGGCAAGCCGUCCUUCAACUGCGAGCUGGUGGAGGCGCGCUGGGCGCCGCUGUCGGGUUGUACGGCAGGCGCGGGAGGGGAGG